CCCAUUUCAAAUGGAUUCAGGCAUGGAAGACGGUAAAGAAUCCGAAAACUACUACGCACACAGCGGCAAGAUAAUGGUAUCCACCGUCAUCAUUCUCUUCCUCAUUACCAUCACACUCCUCUCUCUCCACCUCCUUAUCCGAUGGUACCUUCUCCGUUAUCGCCACAGUCAACAACACCUUCGCCGUACCCACCACGCUCGACGCCAUUCCUUUGUUUUCUACUUUGAACACGAUGUUCCUGCCUCGCUGAGGCUCGAUGUGUCUCGCGGCCUCGAUCCAUCUGUCAUCUCGUCUCUCCCGGUGUUUAAAUAUUCGUCAGAGGCAGGGUCGGAUCAGGCGGUGGAUUGCGCGGUUUGUUUGUCGGAGUUUGAGGAAGGAGAAAUAGGUCGGAUUUUGCCGAAGUGUAAUCAUAGUUUUCAUGUUGAUUGUAUUGACAUGUGGUUUCAUACUCAUUCUACUUGUCCGCUUUGUAGAAAAUCGGUGGAGCUUCUUCCGGUUCAACAAGCGGUUGAUGUGUGUGAACCGGAACUGGUUUUGGGUUCGAGUUUUGGGGAAGAGUCCAACCGGUAUGAACCGGAGCUUACUUCUACUUCGUGUUCUAAUGAGAAGCAGUCUUCGUUAGUUGGCGUGACAGUUGAAGUUCCGGGAACGAGCGAGGGUGAGCCGUCGUCGUCGUCUUUUCGGUCGCCGAUGAGUCGUGUGUUGUCGUUCACGAGAAUUCUCAGCAGAGAGAGGAAAUCGAGCGUUUCUGCUACGUCGGACUGUAUAGUGGAGUUAGAUGCAGAACGAGUUGGAAGAGGAGACUCAUUGAGCCGGAUAUGACUAGAAGUGUUGUGACGUGGCACUGACGAGGGUGAUUCUUGCUGGCCUUUUUUUAAUCACAU